UCAGGUUGUGAUCAUAACUGUUUCCUUCUUUGAGGAACUGGCGGGUUUGACGUUUCAGCUCGCGCUGGAAAUCAUUUAUCAGAUCUGGCAACUUUGCCGCCCCUGUUUCUCCUGGAGAAUCUCGAUAAAGUGUGCCGCUGUCCACAGUCAGUGUAGUCAUGCAGGCUCAGGAAGUCCUGAGACAGCUGCGGAUUCCCGAGCUGGAUGACUUUCGGCAGUAUGUUCGAGGCUUCCCCACAAACGCGCUCAUGGGAAUGGGGGCCUUCGCCGCCAUCACCACCUACUGGUUUGCAACCCGGCCCAAAGCCCUCAAACCGCCAUGUGAUCUUGGAGUGCAGUCAGUGGAAAUCCCAGGUGGAGAACGUGCUCGAAGAUCAGCGCUGAACGACAACAACGACGACUACAUGACCCACUACUACAAUGAUGCACGCACACUAUAUGAAGUGUUCCAGCGAGGCCUCAGAGUGUCAAAUAAUGGACCUUGUCUCGGGUCAAGGAAACCAAACCAGCCGUAUGAGUGGGAGUCUUAUCAGGAGGUGAUGGACAGAGCUGAGAACAUUGGCUCUGCUCUCCUACACAGAGGACACUCUAACACAGGAGACAAGUUCAUCGGCAUCUUUUCCCAGAACAGACCAGAGUGGACCAUUUCAGAACUGGCAUGCUACACAUACUCCUUGGUGGUGGUUCCACUGUACGACACCCUGGGCACAGAGUCCAUUGGUUACAUCCUGGACAGAGCGGCCAUCUCCACAGUGAUCUGUGACGUCCCCGAGAAGGCUCGGAUGAUUCUGGACUCUGUCAAAGGACAAGGGAAAACAGUGAAGACCAUUGUUCUCAUGGAGGCUUUCGACAGCGAGUUGGAGGCGCGUGGGCAAGAGAGCGGCGUCGACAUUAUGAGUUUGAAGCAGUUUGAGGCCAUUGGUAAGGCUAACCCACAGACGCAUGUGCUUCCCAAAACAAACGACCUUGCUAUCGUCUGCUUCACAUCUGGCACCACAGGAGACCCUAAGGGUGCAAUGCUGACACAUCAAAACAUCAUCUCCAACACCGCAGCCUUCAUUAAAAUCACACAGGUCCACUGCAUGCUGAGCUUCCAUGACAUUCACAUAUCCUACCUCCCCCUCGCUCACAUGUUUGAGAGGGUUGUGCAGGGUGUUGUCCUCAUCCAUGGAGCAAGAAUAGGCUACUUCCAGGGGGACAUCCGACUCUUGAUGGACGACCUGAAGACUCUGCAGCCAACAGUCUUCCCCGUGGUCCCUCGUCUCCUCAACCGCAUGUUUGACAAGGUGUUCAGUCAGGCCAAUACUCCCCUGAAGAGAUGGAUGCUGGACUUUGCGUUCAGAAGGAAAGAGUCAGAGCUGAAGAACGGAGUGGUUAGAACGGACAGCAUGUGGGACAAACUCAUCUUCAAGAAAGUGCAGGCGAGUCUGGGGGGUCGUGUGAGACUUAUGAUCACUGGAGCCGCUCCGGUGUCCCCCACCAUCCUGACCUUCCUGAGAGCUGCUCUCGGCUGUCAGUUUUAUGAAGGUUACGGACAAACUGAAUGCACAGCUGGGUGCUCCAUGUCGAUGCCUGGAGACUGGUCAGCAGGUCACGUCGGGCCUCCUUUACCUUGCAAUGCAAUAAAGUUGGUGGAUGUGGCUGAAAUGAAUUACCUGGCAGCCAACGGAGAAGGAGAGGUGUGUGUCAAAGGACCAAAUGUUUUUCUGGGGUACCUGAAAGACCCCGACAGAACCGCCGAGGCCAUCGACAAGGAUGGAUGGCUGCACACUGGAGACAUUGCCAAAUGGCUUCCUAAUGGAACUCUAAAGAUCAUCGACAGGAAGAAGCACAUCUUCAAGCUGGCACAAGGCGAGUACAUCGCUCCGGAGAAAAUAGAAACCGUCUAUAACCGCAGCGAUCCAGUGGCCCAAAUAUUUGUUCACGGUGACAGUUUACAGGCGUGUCUGGUGGGGAUAGUGGUGCCGGAUCCAGACUUUUUACCCAUUUGGGGCCAGAAGAAAGGCUUUGAAGGAACUUAUUCUGACUUGUGCAAAAACAAGGAUGUGAAGGCAGCCAUUCUUGAGGACAUUCUCACUCUGGGCAAAGAAGCAGGACUCAAGUCUUUUGAGCAGGUUCGAGAUAUCGCGUUACACACUGAAAUGUUUUCUGUCCAAAACGGCCUGCUGACUCCGACGCUGAAGGCCAAAAGGACUGAGCUGCGGAACCGCUUCAGGGAACAGAUUGAUGAACUUUAUGCCAAAAUAAAGAUGUGAGGUGAAAUGAAAAUAUCGUCUGUGGAGAGGUAAACAGAUCAUUGAGUCAGAGGACGGGCUGCAUUCUUUCUGCCAGGACAGUCUAAGUGAGUUUGCAGAAGUUUCAAACAAAUUUGGGAAAAUAAAAACCACCUAAAUAUUAGUUUUAGUUUAAAGUAAUCAUUUUAGUAAAUAUGGGCUAAAGGGUUCAAAUGAAUAUAGAAGUGCUUUGUACUGCCACAAAUUCACUCCACAAAAGUCCUAAAAAUAUUUCUUUUUUGAAAGUAAACUAAAGAUUUUACAGUAACUGAUAUAAACUAUUUAUAUAUCAAAAUAUUUAAAGUUUUGGAAAUCUAUGUAAAUUCACAACUUACACAGCUGUAAAUAGUGUUUGUGCUGGCAAAGCGUGUUUGUAUGCGGGGCGUCUUUCCUGUCGCUCUGAUCUCCUGCAUUCCUGUCUCACUGCUGCAGGUCAAACAGCUGACUUCAUUCGCCUGCUUUAAAGCACAAUUAACUGCGUCUGGGAUUUCUGUGCCUUUUGGGUUGUUUUUAUCUAACGGCGCAUGUAAGAUAUUCAGUGUUGCUAAUGUACUGUACGUGACGAGACCUCUUCACAGUGCCCUUUCAGAUUUCAGUGCCACAGGCUGUGGAACAAAGUUCCCUCACUGCCAUUUGUAUAUUGCACAUUUGGUUAGAAUAAUAUGUAAUACGGAGACAAUUGUGUUUGCUUUGAAUGAAUUCAUUGUGGGUUAUUGGUUGGUCAUCGUCUUCAUCUCAUCUGUGGUGAUUUUUAAAUGUUCUGAGUGGGGAUUUUUACUGCACUUUGCCAUUAUAGGACACGUUUCCAUGGAGAUUCAAGGAUCAUUUUUGAAAUAAGUGCAGUUUAGUGUAAAGCAUAGGAUCUGUUUUUGUCCAUUGAGAUGAAUAAAGCAUUUUUAAACUUUA